UAUUAUUCUAGAUGUGUACCUCCUGGCUCCUCCCCCUCUCUCCAUAUACAGAGAGCACAUGGAAGUGUCCGGACGGGUCCAGAAGUGUCUCCGGCAGUAUAAAAGGAGCCGUGCUGGGAGCAGCAGCAGAGAUCGGACGCUGACACACAGGCAGACGGCCUCCAGCUGAACGGUGACCAGAAGCUCCAGGAGCAGCAGCAGCAGCAGAGCGACAUGUUCCCUCUCAGCCUCCUCCAGUCCUCGCACAGCCCUGUGUAUGUCUACAGCCGGCCCGAGCUCCCCCACUGGACCGCCACACGCCUCAUCCUCCGCCAGCUGGAAGACGACAUGCUGGGCGUGAGCAGCGACAUGGAGAGGAGAAUGCAGCGCCUCCACCAGGCUUACCGCCUCCUGGACAAUGACCCGGAAAUGAGGAGGAGCGGACACCCCGACACCCCCCAAGACAAAUCCCCCGCCGAGGGCAAAGACGGGAAGGAGGACUUUCAGCUCUCCCUGGACGUGAGUCCGUUUUCUCCGGAAGAACUGACAGUGAGGACGGAAGGAAGGAGACUGAUCGUGGCGGGAAAAUACGACAAGAAAAGGGAGGCGGAGAACGGCGGCUUCUUCCAGGAAUACAGAGAGUGGCGCAGAGAAGCCGAGCUCCCGCAAGACAUCAAUCCCGAGGAUGUGCUGUGCUCCAUGUCCAAGGACGGGCGACUCCACUUCUGGGCACCUCGCCUGGCACUGCCCGCUGCCAAAGAGAGAGCCAUCCCCAUCACCAUAGAGCAGAGCCCAGGAGACAGUCAGGGGUCCGACCCGGAGAACCAGAACCAUCGGGGACAGCAGGAGCAAGACCUCCCCCAGAACUCCUCCUGAUGACACGGCCGCACUCACAUUUGGGGCGAUAUUAAUAGAUUUCACUAGUUUCUAUGGGGAUGUGAUUGUGUCAG